UGUGUCGUGAAAAGAGAGGGCUCGGAUGGGUGGGGGUGGGGGUCAGUUUGAAAUGCUUUGGCACCGGGGUUUAGUUUCUUUAAAAAGAGCAUCAGUUGUGUUGCCACUGGCCUCAUAACUCUGUGUGUCGAUUGUGUGGAUGGUCUCAAGCUGCUGCCUGAUUGGAGUGUAGCACAGAAUGGAGCUUCCCCAGCUGGAACACAUGAGGCUCGGCAGGUGUGACAGUGCAGCCUCGGUGCCUCAGUUCUGUAACUCUCCCACACUGAUUGUGAUGGUGGGUCUGCCAGCCAGAGGGAAGACAUACAUCUCUAAGAAGCUCACACGCUACCUGAACUGGAUCGGAGUUCCUACCAAAAUGUUUAACGUGGGCCAGUACCGGAGGGAGGCCGUCAAGAUCUAUAAGAACUUUGAGUUCUUUAAACCGGAUAAUGAGGAUGCCAUGAGGAUCCGCAAGGCCUGUGCAGCAGCUGCCCUCAAAGACGUCGCUGCCUACUUCACAAAGGAACAUGGACAAGUAGCCGUGUUUGAUGCUACCAACACCACCAGGGAGAGGCGGGCAGUUAUUCUGAGUUUUGCGAAGGAGAAGGGCUACAAGGUGUUCUUCGUGGAAUCAAUCUGUGAUGACCCAGAGAUCAUUGAAGAGAAUAUCAAGCAAGUAAAAUUUGGAAGUCCGGAUUAUGUGGAUCGUGACAUAGAUGAAGCCAUGGAAGACUUCAUCCAGCGCAUUGAGUGUUACAGAGCCAGUUACACGUCUAUAGACGAUGAGAAAGACAGGAAGCUCUCCUACAUCAAGAUCUUCGAUGUGGGCAGUAGAUACAUGGUGAACCGGGUCCAGGACCACAUUCAGAGCAGGAUAGUCUAUUACCUCAUGAACAUUCACGUCACACCAAGAUCAAUCUACCUGAGCCGCCACGGAGAGAGUGAACUCAACCUUUUAGGUCGCAUCGGUGGAGACUCGGGCCUCUCCCCUAGAGGACAGAAGUAUGCUAAUGCCUUGGCAGCCUUCAUCAAAGGUCAGAAUAUCAGUGACCUGAAGGUGUGGACGAGCCACAUGAAGAGGACCAUCCAGACCGCAGAGGCCCUGGGAGUUCAGUAUGAACAGUGGAAAGCUCUCAAUGAGAUCGACGCUGGUGUAUGUGAGGAGCUCACCUAUGAGGAGAUUCAGGAGAAUUUCCCAGAAGAGUUUGCUCUGAGAGACCAGGACAAGUAUCGCUAUCGUUACCCCAAGGGUGAGUCCUAUGAGGACCUCGUCCAUCGUCUAGAGCCAGUCAUCAUGGAGCUGGAGCGACAGGAAAAUGUUCUGGUCAUCUGCCACCAAGCUAUAAUGCGCUGCCUGCUGGCCUACUUCUUAGACAAGCCUGCAGAUGAGCUGCCGUACCUAAGAUGCCCCCUUCACACGGUGCUCAAACUCACACCAAUAGCCUACGGGUGUAAGGUUGAGUCAUUUUUCCUCAAUAUUGAAGCAGUCAACACACACAGAGAGAGGCCAGCGAAUGUGGACAUCAACAGAAACAGAGAGGAAGCUCUGCAGACGGCUCCUGAACACAUAUAAACACUGUUCUGUGAGAGAAAAGACUAAAAUCAUGUGAAACUGGAUGUGCUGCUGCUGAUCAACAUUUAGAGACGUACUCCAGUUAAAGGUGUACUGUGUGACAGCAGAAAGUGAGGUGGGUGGGGGCUUCAGAGCAGAAGACGACGGGAUGGUAGAAGUGGACGUGAACUCCCUCUGCAGUGGCCGAGAAGGACAUAACCCAUAGCUGGAACCUGAGGUUCUGUUUUCAACAUGUCUGUGAAAUGUCCCCGUGUCUUGUCUGACUGGAGUUUGCUGAGGCUGAGAGACACACGCGUAAGAAGAUGCAGGGAGUUUGACAUUAUAACCCAGGACUUCAUGCACAUAUAACUGUUGCACAGGUUACAUUAUUUGUUGUUGAUAGUGUAAUUACAGGUGUAGGACUCAGCACCACGGACAGCACCUGUGUUGUAGAUGUGGACACGUGACUGUGUUGUUUGUGCUGUAGAUAAGACGCCGGAAGCUCAGGAGGUGUGAAUGAAACCAUGUAAAUAAACGGUGUAAAGAAAGAGUCACCUCCGACCUGAAAAUAAAUCCAUGUUACACGU